UCAAGAUGGACGCGACCAUUUGAACGUCUCGGGUGAGAGGUUCUCCCGCACGCCUUCCUGUUGUUAGCAGUUGUGUCCGCAGCUGCUGCCCAGUCUUCCUCCGGAACACGGGAGGGAGAGGGAAUGAGAAGCUGCAGUGGCCGAGGAGUCACCGUGACCAUCCCCGCCGCUACUCUUGGGCCCUCUCGGUCCCCUCGCCUCCGGAGAGCAGCCGGGGCUCGCCGCGCCUGACGCGUCCCGAGUCACAGAAAUAAUGUUGAUAUUUGGAACCCAUGUCGAACUUCUAUGAAGAAAGGGCAACAAUGAUUGCAGCCGGGGAUUUGCAGGAAUUUGUUCCUUUUGGUCGAGACCACUGCAAGCACCACCCUAAUGCUUUGAACCUCCAGCUUCGCCAGCUUCAGCCCGCCUCCGAGUUAUGGUCUUCUGAUGGUGCUGCUGGCCUGGUGGGAUCCCUUCAGGAGGUUACCAUCCAUGAGAAACAGAAGGAGAGCUGGCAGUUAAGGAAAGGUGUCAGUGAAAUUGGAGAAGAAGUGGAUUAUGAUGAGGAACUCUACAUGGCUGGAAACAUGGUUAUCUGGAGCAAAGGAAGCAAAAGCCAGGCAUUGGCUGUUUAUAAGGCAUUUACAGUUGACAGUCCUGUUCAACAGGCAUUGUGGUGUGACUUCAUUAUAUCACAGGAUAAGUCUGAUAAGGACUACAGUAGUGAUGAAGUGGAAAAAUGUAUAUGUAUAUUGCAAAGCUCAUGUAUCAACAUGCAUAGCAUAGAAGGAAAGGAUUACAUAGCUUCUUUACCUUUUCAGGUUGCAAGUGUUUGGCCCACCAAGUAUGGAUUGCUGUUCGAACGAAGCAACUCUUCAUGUGAGGUUCCUCCAGGCCCACCCAGGGAGCCCUUACCCACUCUGUUCAGCAUGCUGCACCCGCUGGACGAAAUCACGCCCCUUGUCUGCAAGUCUGCAAGUCUUUUUGGUUCAUCACGGGUGCAGUAUGUUGUAGAUCAUGCAAUGAAAAUUGUCUUUCUCCACACCGAUCCCUCCAUUGUCAUGACCUAUGAUACUGUUCAAGGUCUGCAUUCUGUGUGGGCUCUCCGGAGAGUCAAAACAGAGGAAGGGAAUGUUGUUUUAAAGUUCUCUGAGCAGGGGGGCACCCCCCAGAACGUGGCUACUAGCAGCUCGCUCACAGCACACCUCAGAAGCCUCUCCAAGGGCGACUCCCCCGUGGCGUCCCCCUUCCAGAACUACUCCUCCAUCCACAGCCAGAGCCGCUCCACCUCCUCGCCCAGCCUGCACUCCCGGUCACCUUCCAUUUCCAACAUGGCAGCUCUCAGCCGUGCUCAUUCUCCUGCCUUGGGAGUGUACUCUUUUUCAGGGGUGCAAAGGUUCAACCUUUCAAGCCACAGUCAGUCUCCAAAGAGACACAGUUUUUCUCAUUCUCCAAGUAGUAAUUCUAAUGGCUCCUUUCUUGCACCAGAAACAGAGCCCAUUGUUCCGGAACUUUGUAUCGACCACUUAUGGACAGAAACAGUUACUCGCCUGAGGAAGAAAAAUUCACAGGCCUCUAAAGUCUUUAUCACAUCUGACCUGUGUGGGCAGAAGUUCUUGUGCUAUUUAGUCGAGUCCGAGCUCCAGUUACGAUGUGUAAAGUUUCAGGAGAGUAAUGAUAAAACGCAGCUCAUCUUCGGCUCUAUCACCAACAUCCAGGCAAAGGAUGCGGCACCAGUGGAGAAGAUAGACACUAUGCUGGUCCUGGAAAGCAGUGGGAACCUGGUGCUGUAUACAGGAGUAGUGCGGGUGGGUAAGGUUUUUAUUCCUGGGCUGCCAGCUCCUUCCCUGACAAUGUCCAACACGAUGCCUCGGCCCAGCACCCCGCUUGACGGCGUUACUACUGCUAACCCUCUGAGUAAGCUGCUUGGAUCUCUGGAUGAGGUUCUGGUGUCCCCAGUUCCAGAACUAAGGGAUUCUUCAAAGCUUCAUGAUUCUCUCUAUAAUGAGGAUUGUACUUUCCAACAGCUUGGAACUUACAUUCAUUCCAUAAGAGACCCUGUCCGUAACAGGGUGACACUGGAACUGAGUAAUGGCUCCAUGGUGAGGAUCACUAUUCCUGAAAUUGCCACCUCUGAAUUAGUACAAACUUGUCUGCAAGCGAUUAAGUUCAUUCUGCCGAAAGAAGCAGCGGUUCAGAUGCUCGUCAAGUGGUACAGUGUCCACAGCGCCCCGGGAGGGCCCAGCGAUCACUCAGAGUGGAACUUGUUUGUGACCUGUCUCAUGAACAUGAUGGGUUAUAACACAGACCGCUUAGCAUGGACAAGAAAUUUUGACUUUGAAGGAUCGCUUUCCCCAGUCAUUGCACCCAAAAAGGCAAGGCCUUCUGAGACGGGAUCUGAUGACGACUGGGAAUAUUUACUAAAUUCAGACUACCACCAGAAUGUUGAGUCUCACCUCUUGAACAGAUCUUUGUGUUUGAGUCCUUUGGAAGUGUCACAGAUGAAAGAUGAGGAUUUUUCCCAGAAUCUUAGUCUGGACUCUUCUACGCUUCUCUUCACUCACAUACCUGCAAUUUUUUUUGUUCUUCACCUGGUCUAUGAGGAGCUCAAGCUGAACACUCUGAUGGGAGAAGGGGUUCGUUCACUUGUUCAACUUCUUGUCCAGCUGGCAAGGGACUUAAAAUUGGAGCCUUACGUAGAUCAUUACUAUAGAGACUACCCAACACUUGUCAGAACUACUGGACAAGUGUGCGCAAUUGAUCAAGGUCAAACAGGAUUUAUGCAGUAUCCAUCAUUUUUCACUCCUGAGCCACCUAGUGUUUAUCAGUGGGUGAGUUCCUGUCUGAAGGGUGAAGGAAUGCCACCCUAUCCCUACCUCCCUGGAAUCUGUGAAAGAGGCAGACUUGUUGUCUUGAGUAUUGCACUCUACAUACUUGGUGACGAAACCUCUCUUUCUGAUGAAUCCUCACAGUAUUUAUCCAGAAUAAGUAUAGCCCCCCAGAAGCCACAAGCAGAACAACAGGAGAGCAGGUUUAGUUUCAAGCAUUCUACAUCAGUUUCUAGCCUAGGUGAGAGAUUAGUUGUCUGGAUGACUAAUGUAGGUUUCACUUUAAGAGACUUGGAAACGCUUCCCUUUGGAAUAGCUCUUCCCAUCCGAGAUGCGAUUUAUCACUGUCGGGAGCAGCCUGCUUCAGACUGGCCGGAAGCUGUCUGCCUCUUGAUUGGACGUCAGGAUCUUUCCAAGCAGGCCUGUGAAGGAAACUUGCCCAAAGGAAAAUCUGUGCUCUCAUCAGAUGUUCCUUCAGGAACAGAAACAGAGGAGGAGGAUGAUGGCAUGAAUGACAUGAAUCAGGAGGUGAUGUCGUUAAUAUGGAGUGAAGACUUACGGGUGCAGGACGUGCGAAGGCUUCUCCAGAGUGCACAUCCCGUCCGCGUCAAUGUGGUGCAGUACCCAGAGCUCAGUGACCACGAGUUCAUUGAGGAAAAAGAGAACAGGUUGCUCCAGCUGUGUCAGCGAACGAUGGCUCUCCCAGUGGGGCGCGGCAUGUUUACCUUGUUCUCCUACCACCCUGUCCCGACAGAACCGCUGCCUGUUCCCAAGCUAAAUUUAACUGGGCGGGCCCCUCCUCGGAACACGACAGUGGACUUGAACAGUGGGAAUAUCGACGUGCCCCCCAACAUGACCAGCUGGGCCAGCUUCCACAAUGGCGUGGCUGCGGGCCUGAAGAUAGCUCCUGCCUCUCAGAUCGAUUCAGCCUGGAUUGUCUACAAUAAGCCCAAGCAUGCCGAGCUAGCCAAUGAGUAUGCUGGCUUUCUCAUGGCCCUGGGCCUUAACGGGCACCUCACCAAGCUGGCUACUCUCAAUAUCCACGACUACCUGACCAAAGGUCAUGAGAUGACAAGUAUUGGACUCCUUCUUGGUGUGGCUGCUGCUAAACUAGGCACCAUGGAUAUGUCAGUUACCCGGCUUCUUAGCAUCCACAUUCCUGCUCUCCUGCCCCCAACGUCCACGGAGCUUGAUGUUCCUCACAAUGUCCAGGUGGCUGCAGUGGUUGGCAUCGGCCUUGUGUAUCAAGGGACAGCUCACAGGCAUACUGCAGAGGUCCUGUUGGCUGAAAUAGGACGGCCCCCUGGUCCAGAGAUGGAGUACUGCACGGACAGAGAGUCGUACUCCUUGGCUGCCGGCCUAGCCCUGGGAAUGGUUUGCCUGGGGCAUGGCAGUAACCUGAUAGGUAUGUCGGACCUCAAUGUGCCCGAGCAGCUCUACCAGUACAUGGUUGGAGGGCACAGGCGCUUUCAAGCUGGGAUGCACAGAGAGAAACACAAGUCACCGAGUUACCAGAUCAAGGAAGGAGAUACCAUAAAUGUGGAUGUGACUUGUCCAGGUGCCACUCUCGCUUUGGCCAUGAUCUACUUAAAAACCAAUAACAGAUCCAUUGCAGACUGGCUCCGGGCUCCAGAUACCAUGUAUUUGCUGGACUUUGUGAAGCCAGAAUUCCUCUUACUGAGGACGCUUGCUCGAUGCCUGAUUUUGUGGGAUGAUAUUUUACCAAAUUCCAAGUGGGUUGAUAGCAACGUUCCUCAAAUUAUAAGAGAAAAUAGUAUCUCUCUCAGUGAGAUUGAAUUGCCUUGCUCAGAGGAUUUGAAUUUGGAAACUUUGUCGCAGGCACAUGUCUACAUCAUUGCAGGAGCUUGUUUGUCUCUGGGUUUUCGAUUUGCUGGUUCAGAAAACUUAUCAGCAUUUAACUGUCUGCAUAAAUUUGCAAAAGAUUUUAUGACUUAUUUGUCUGCACCUAAUGCUUCUGUAACAGGUCCUUACAACCUGGAGACUUGCCUGAGCGUGGUGCUGCUGUCUCUUGCCAUGGUGAUGGCUGGCUCGGGGAACCUGAAGGUUCUGCAGCUUUGUCGCUUCUUACACAUGAAAACAGGUGGUGAAAUGAACUAUGGUUUCCACUUAGCCCAUCACAUGGCCCUCGGACUUCUAUUUUUGGGAGGAGGCAGGUACUCCCUGAGCACGUCGGACUCGUCCAUCGCCGCCCUGCUGUGUGCCCUCUACCCCCACUUCCCGGCUCACAGCACUGACAACCGUUGGGAGGCCAUCAUGGUAGGCACGGCGUCUGGACCGAGAUUUGCCUGGCGGGCCGAGCACGUUCCUGGUGGAGAACAUGGUGUGCAGGAAGCCCGAGGCCUCCUGCACGGGCAGAGGCCCAGUGCUGUGGGCAGGUGGCGCGCGGGCUCGGAGCCCUGGCAGGCGGUGCAGGCCCUGCCAAGGACAGCAGGGGGCAGCCCCGUCAGACUUGAGUGUCAGAGAGGGCUGUAUGCUGGCACUCAGUGGUAUGAACAAACCAAAGAAGAAUUGAUGGCCCCCACCCUUCUUCCAGAACUCCACCUUUUAAAACAGAUUAAAGUUAAAGGCCCGAGAUACUGGGAACUGCUCAUAGAUUUAAGCAAGGGAACGCAACACUUGAAGUCCAUUCUUUCCAAGGAUGGGGUUUUAUAUGUUAAGCUCAGAGCAGGUCAACUCUCCUACAAAGAAGAUCCAAUGGGGUGGCAAAGUUUAUUGGCCCAGACUGUAGCUAACAGGAACUCUGAAGCUCGGGCCUUCAAGCCUGAAACAAUUUCCACAUUCACUUCUGAUCCAGCACUUCUGUCAUUUGCUGAAUAUUUCUGCAAACCAACUGUGAACGUUGGGCAGAAACAGGAGCUUCUGGAUCUCUUCUCUUCAGUGCUCUAUGAAUGUGUGACUCAGGAGACCCCAGAGAUGUUACCUGCGUACAUAGCAAUGGAUCAGGCUGUAAGAAGACUGGGAAGAAGAGAAAUGUCUGAGACAUCUGACCUUUGGCAGAUAAAGUUGGUGCUGGAGUUUUUCAGCUCCAGAAGCCAUCAGGAACGGCUGCAGAACCAGCCUAAGCGAGGGCUUUUUAUGAACUCGGAAUUCCUCCCUGUUGUCAAAUGCACUAUUGACAACACUCUGGACCAGUGGUUACAAGCUGGAGGUGACAGGUGUGUGCACGCCUACCUCAACGGGCAGCCCUGCGAGGAGCCGCAGCUGAGCAUGCUGGCCUGCUUCCUGGUCUACCACGCGGUGCCGGCCCCCCAGCGCCUGCCGUCUACCGGCCUGGAAGGAAGCACAAGCUUUGCAGAACUCCUGUUCAGAUUUAAACAGCUGAAGAUGCCAGUGCGGGCCUUGCUGAGAUUGGCUCCUCUGCUCCUUGGAAACCCACAGCCAAUGGUUAUGUGACCAUGGCUGGUGGUAAGCCUAUCCGAAGCGUGACUUCUGCCAAAAAACGUGACCAAGCAACAAAGCUAAAGAAGCCUUUCUAAGUUUUAUAAUAUAGCUGGGGGAAAUGAGCUGCACAGACCUCAAUGUAUUUUAAAAAUCCAAGUGUUUCAAAUAUCCCAGAGAUUCUGUUGCUGUUGGCAUUAACGUGAUAGGAUAUAUAAAAAUGAGUUGAAAUUUUACUUUUGUAAAUAAAAUGUUUUGGUUUGUUUUCAAAA